GGGGCGUUCCGCUGUCGUGGGUAUUCAGUGUUGCUGCUGUAGUGUUGGUCAGGCUGUUGGCUCGAGGUAUGUGAGGCUCUUAUUUUUCCCCUCACUCAACUCCGGAGGACUUUUAUCUUAUGAAGCUCACACUCCGAAUAAUCAGACUUCAAACAAAGUGCAUCCAAUUGCGUUAGUCAGCUGUCGACGUCUUGGUUCGAUGUUGUGUUCAAAAAACUUUAUCAAAAGUCUAUAAUAGCUAAUAUCGUGGUUUGUUUGGGCAGUUUUGUAGGUGGGGUAAACAUAAAGUGACUAACUCUCUUGACUUAAGCAAUGUGUUAGUUACAAACCAUGAUGACGCUGCUUUUCUGCGGGUUUUCUGUCUGUUCGGUUGCAGGACACACAGCGUUAACACUAGAGAGACACGAAUCACAAGACUCGCAUGCACUGGCAAUCGUUACAACUGCCGAUAAUGUUUAGUUUAUUGUGAAUAUCGUCCGAGUUUUCCACUGGUAAAUGAUAGGAUAUGCUUUUGCUUUAUUUUUUUCAUCCUCAUUUUUGGAAGUAACCGGGAGAUAGAAAUGAAGUGAAUUCGCGUAAGAGCGCUGCUAAAAUAUAUUUUUUAUCAAGUGGACAUAGACAUUCAGUAGUGUAACAAACACAUGAUGUAGCUUGUUCAUAGCAGAACCCAUGUAAAUAUUAACAACACGGAAGAAGGUUAGUUUCUUCAUGACUUGGGACCUAUCAUCCUAUAACGUACAGGCCUAUGACACUUUCUAUCAAAGGUUUGUCUACCACUACGAGUGUGAGAGAAACAUGAACAUUCUCAAGUUUUCAAAAGAGUUUGUUUCUCAUGCCAAAAGUACUAUAUUUUCAAACCAUUUUUUAAUCUUCUUCAAUGUCCAACGGACGUCAGCAUAUGGUGCAUAUAUUUCUGAUGACCCUGCAGUCUGUGGAGUGUCAUUCUCAGUGGACUUUUGUUUCUCUGUCUUGCCUUCCCCUUUUUCUUCCCACCAUAAUUGCCUUUCACAUAAUAAAGAAUCAUAGUUACCAUGUUUCAAUAGUAAUAGUUGAGUUACACACACCAGGUGUCCUCGAGUAGUGCAACCUAGAAAAUAAGGCUGGCGUCUCUAGAGAUGCACAAGUUCUACCAUUAUUUUGUCACAUGACUUUUAAAGUACACUGGCCAAGUGUGUCAGAGCAAAACAGGCUUGGCUUGUUCAGAGCUCUGGAACACCACACGCUGUAUUUAAACUAUUCCCCUGAAUUAUCAGCAGUUACUAUUCAGGAAGUCGUGUUCAGGAGCACCUUCUGUGAGCUAACUCAAAGACAAGAGGGUACUUCUUUCUCAAAAACUCAUAGAAUGGAGGAAUAGCUAUUCUGUACUUACGAGUAUCCAAACAUCCAAACUGGUUGGAUAGUAAUUCCCAGGCCUUAGUGGUAGACUCUCACCCUGAGCGAAUGGAGCGAGGAAACGAGGUGGGAAAUUACCACCAGCUGAAGGUGGAGGAGGAUGAGGAGGAUGGGCUAUCCACCGUGCCCUCUGCCCCAGACGGCUCUCCUCUCUUCCCCCUCAUGGAGACUCGGCUGUACAAACGACGCUGGCUCAUGCUCUUCGUCUUCGGCACGUUCUCCAUGAGCAACGCCUUCAUGUGGCUUCAGUACAGCAUCAUCAGCAACAUCUUUGUGCGUUUCUACGGCGUGAACGCCAUCUGCGUCGACUGGCUGUCCAUGAUCUACUUCCUCACGUACAUCCCGCUCAUCCUGCCUGUCACCUGGUUCCUGGACAACCGCGGGCUCCGGGAUGUGGUGGUGGUGGGCUCGGCCUUCAACUGCAUCGGAGCCUGGAUCAAGACGAGCACGGCCCACCCCGACAUGUUCGCCGUCACCUUCCUGGGACAGUUUGUGUGUUCGGUGGGCACUGUGUUCCUCCUGGGCAUCCCGUCCAGGCUGGCCUCCUUGUGGUUUGGCCAGCAGGAGGUUUCCACCGCCUGUUCCAUUGGCGUUUUGGGAAACCAGGUGGGCAUCGCCAUCGGGUUCCUGUUGCCCCCCAUCCUGGUGCCCAACGUGGACGAUGUGGAGGAGCUGGCGUACCACAUCAGCGUUAUGUUCUACAUCACCGCUGGCGUGGCCACCCUCAUCUUCGUCUUGGUGGUCAUCGUGUUCCAGGAGAAGCCGGAGCUUCCCCCCAGCCAGGCCCAGGCCCAGGCCAGGAGCCUCUCCCCGGACCAGUACUCCUACAAGGCCUCCAUCGGCAGGCUGCUCUGCAACAAGUCCUUCAUGCUCAUGGUGCUCACCUACGGGCUGAACGUGGGCUGCUUCUACGCCGUGUCCACGCUGCUCAACCGAAUGAUCACAGAGCAAUACCCGGGUGAAGAGGUGAAUGCUGGUAGAAUCGGGCUGACGAUUGUCAUCGCCGGCAUGGUGGGGUCCCUCAUCUGUGGAAUAUGGAUGGACAAAACCAAGACCUACAAACAAACCACCUUUGCGGUGUAUCUCCUCACCUUCAUCGGGAUGCUGGUCUACUCCUUCACCCUGAAUCUGGGCCACAUGUGGGUCGUGUUUCUGACCGCCGCCAUUCUAGGGUUCUUCAUGACUGGAUACCUGCCUCUGGGGUUUGAAUUUGCUGUGGAGCUGACCUACCCAGAGUCGGAGGGCACCUCCUCAGGCCUCCUCAACUGUUCUGCUCAGCUGUUUGGAAUCAUUUUCACCAUCAGCCAAGGAAAGAUCAUGGAUAAAUGGGGCACGCUGGCUGGAAACAUCUUCCUCUGCGUCUUCCUACUCAUUGGUACCAUACUGACAGGAUUCAUUAAGUCAGAUCUUCGACGGCAAAAUGCCAAUGCAUCAUGUGACCCACAGAGGGGGAGCAAAAAAUCAAGCCUGGAUGACGGUGUCGAUAAUCCUACAACACCGAAAGAGGCCAGGUUGUGAGGCAGACCUGUUCUAAACGUCUUGUCUGAGGAGCCGGACGACUCUUCACAGCCUCAGACAGCAUGAAGAAAACAGGCAAAUUACUCGGGUGCACACUCAAACAUAAUGGUGGUGAACAGCAAGCUGCUUUCCCUAAAUGCUCAUUUGAAGAGGAACACAUACAAACUGAAUAAGAUAGGAUUUGUGUUUAUACUAAAACUAUCAUACUGGUUGGACUUGUGACCAAAGUGUCGCGCAAUGGCUGCUAAGUAAUCCAAUCAGAUAGUCGGAGUGAAACUCUACCUCGGCAAUGAGAAACGACCCCGCCCUAAAGGCUUACGGUUCCAUCUUUUCACCAAUGGUUUCCCUCCUUAUCGGUGAACCCCCGCACUGGUGAAAGCCAAGCCUUUUAUCUAGUGGUUGAUGAGCUUAUUGGCUCAACCAUUCUCAGCCAUGUAGGAACCGGAGGGUGGCCUUCAUACCAAAUGCUGGAUGGAAUAAAGCAGCCAUUGGUACAAAUGUGUUCAAACUGUCAUGUGUAGUAGCAUCAGUUGCACUUGUAAUUGCACACAUAAUUUCUUUAUGUGUUAGUCCUGUUGGUUUGGGAGUGUUGUCAAAUAGAAUUUGAAAUGUAUAAUUGUUGACACAUUUAUUAAGAAUGAUUGUAUUUAAGUGUUCUUUAUCUCUUAUUUUACCUGCUCCUCGCCAAAUUAUUUUUCUAAUAUUUUUAAUCAAGUGUUUUUAAUAUUUUACUGACAUUUCGAAUCGCUGAAUAUUCCAAUUCUUUACAUUGAUAAAGGUAUUACUUUGUUCUUAUUUAAGAAUGUGUAUUCUAAUUCUACUUUAAACACUGCCAUUUCUGUGAUGGCUGUUUCAAGCACAUCACCGGCCUCCUCAAAUGAAUCAAUUACAUAUCUCUAAUCACCUUUCAAUCUGCGGGCUAGGCCCGUGCAUCUGACUACAUUUUAAAGGUGAAACCUAAGUCUGUUUACUAUUGUUAUUUAAAUAUGCUGGUGUGGUUGUGUGGGAAAUAUUCAUGUAAACCCAUUUACAUGCAUAUGAUUCUGAAAAGACAACUUGUGUUCAAUCAUUUACAGUGGAUGCAUUUUAUGUAAUAUAUUGGUGAUAUUAAUGUAAAUUACCUGUUUUGAUAAAGUAUGAAAUAAAAGCAAUAAUACAACCAUAA